AUGGAUUUGCAAACAUUUGCAGAGGAUGAUUUUGACCCUAAAAAGUGGAUUAAUAGGGCUUGGAGUGCUAGCGCUAACCAGGAAAAAGAGAUUUUUGUGACAAAUGCAGUGACAAGGUUGCAACUCCAUAUGAAACAGUUGAGCAAUGCUUUGGAUGAAACCACCACACAAAUCGUCACGUCGGUGCCGAAAAUUCUGCAAGACGCGUCCAGUCUGCAAUUGGAAGGUGCCUUACUGCAGCAGAAGCUGCUGACGCUGGAGCAACAAGUCCAAGGCGUAGAGCAGCAGACCGGACAGUCCAUUGAGAGCCUGCAACGGAUUGAUCGGCUGAAGAGUCGCCUCGAGAGUGCAGCGUCAGCUCUCCGCGAGGCUGACAAGUGGGCGGCGCUGUACUCCUCGCUGGAGGACAUCUUGGAAGUGGGCGUGCCCACUUCGGUGGGCAAGCUCACGGAGCUGGCCGAGCAGGUGACGGCUAUGACCGCCAGUUUAGAGGUGCUGAGCGACGCCCAGGACCACGACCACAAACGGAUGCAGCUGGAGACGCUCUACAACCGGCUGGAGGCGGCCGUGAGCCCGCCCCUCAUCGACGCCCUCACCCAAAUGGAUGCCGAGCGCACCGGGGCGUACGUGGCGCUGUUCCGGGGGAUGUCCCGCUCGGAGUCGGCGGCGCGGUGCUGGCGGCGGGCGGAGGGGGCGCGCCACGCGGCCGCCUGGAGGCGAGCGCCCGCCCACUCGAUGCGGCUGCUGGCGGACAUGCUGCCCGAGGCCGGCGAGCGGCAGGUGGAGUGGUUGUCAACGGUGCUAAAAUCAGAGACACCGAUGGCGGAGCUGGUCAGGCUGUACACGGAACUGUUGCAGGCUUUAGAUCCAUCACCAACCAAGGUGGUGACCGCUGCCUUCAAGCUGUGCCGGGGCCCCGAGGAGGGGAUGGCGAUGCUGAUGGACUUGAGGGCCGACACAGACGAGCUGGUGGCCAGCAUCAGGGCGAUCCUGGACGCGCCGCGACAGCAGAAAGAGAAGCUGGAGGCGGGCAGGCUGCGCGACUUGGGCCGAGCACUGUACGCGCCCCUGCGCCAGCUGAUGCCCUCGUGCACCGAGCUGCAGACGAGGCUGCUCCUCGACCAGCUCGAGCAGCAGCCCCUGAAGCAGGAGGACCUUCUAGAGCACUCUAGGGCGUUGCUGUCCGUGGCGGAGAGCUGCGAGGGCUGGUUGCAGAGUGCGUACACCAGGGCGAGGAAGGUGGCCGGUGCCGCUGCCAUGAACUACUACGCUCCAGCGGUAGAGGCGCUGGCGUCCGCCGUGCUGUCCCUCAUCGGGGGGCACAGCCGCCGCGUGGAGGGGGCGUUCCUGGCGGGCGCCGGAGGGGGCGGGGCGGGGGCGGGCGCGGGGCGAGGGGGCGCUGGGGUGCUCAGCGACAGCUUCCCCGCCGCCCUCGCGCUGGAGGGCGCCGCGGGGGCGAUGCUCGCCGCGCUCGCGGCGGUGGGGGGGCGGGCGGACGCGGACGCGCAGGGGGACGAGCCUGAGCACCCGCUCCUGGAGCUCCGGGCCUUGCUGCUGGACGGCUCCGUCCAGGGUGGGCAGCCGCUGGUGCAGGGUCCCGCCGCGGCGGGGCUCCGAAGGGCGCGCGACCAGCUGAGGGCCCUCGCCAGGGCGGUUCUGCGGAACCCGGUGGACGUGCAGCUCGACAAGAUCCCGCAGCUGCCCGUUUGGCACAGCAACGACGCGCUGACCACCGACCUGCCGGACUUCGCCCUCUCGCCCCAGGAGUACAUCACCGAGAUCGGCCAGUACCUGAUGACGUUGCCGCAGCAUCUAGAGAUGCACCUGCCCGAGGGUCAGGCGCCGCUGCAGCACCUGAACGAGGUUUGCGUGCACACGUGUGAGAUGUAUGCAGAGAAGAUUCUGAACAUCCGUAACAUGGACCAGUUGGGAACAAAACGCUGUCUAACUGACAUCGUGUACCUGUCAAGCGUGGUGGAGGACCUUGGCAGCAGCAUCACACCAGCGCUGAGGAACCUGGAGAAGUCGCUGCGAGCGGCCGCCCCCAGCCAGAGCGAAUCGGCCACGUCCACACUG